AUGGGAUUGGAUGCCAUCCGAGCUCUGAAAAUAAUCAUCAAAGAUGAGACCCUCACUUGUUCUCUCGUCGACUCCUCGGUGGUUCCGGCGAAUGCGCCACCAGAGUAUCACCACCUGUUUUCGUCGGACAUCGGCACCGUCCGGAAUUACAUUCACCGUGUUAAGCAUCAACCUGGUGUGCAGCCAGUGGCGGUUAAACUGCGUCGUCUUCCCUUCUUGCUGAGGCAACAAGUUGCCGUCGAGCUGCAACGACUUGAGACAAUUGGCAUCAUAGAGAGGGUGGAUGCUACGGACUGGGUGUCUCCCUUGGUCGUCGUCCUCAAGAAGGACAAUUCCACCCGACUGUGUGUCAAUCUCCGUGAGCCGAACAAGGCCAUUGUGGUGGACGGACUCUCUCUACCUCACAUCGAGGAACUCUUGCAACAAUUAACAGCCAACCGAACGCGGGAGGUCCAAAUUCCGGACGAGGGCAACGCCUGGGUCCAGAUCAAGGUCCUGGUCCUGCGCAACGUCCCACGGCCACACCUCCCAGUCUCCGGAACCGAGAAGGCGCACUACAUCCCGUUCCAGAUCCCGGUCUAA